UCACACAGAGAGCUAAUCACAAUGCUGGGGAUAAAUGGAGACGACUAAUCUCCUCACGGCUCAGACGACACGUUACCGCUAAUCAGUGUUUACUGAUCAACACUGUGAGGAGAUCUGAAUGUUUCCUAGACAGAUUUCACUUUAUUUUAGUCUUUAUUUAUUUUUCUCGGUUUUUAUUUGCAUGUUAGUGAAUACGGAAUAAUACUGAGGGUUUAGGGGUUUUUUUUUGUUUGUUUGUUUGUUUGUUUGUUUUGUUUAGUUUUCGUCCUCCCAAAAUCUGAUUCUCUUUGCUACAUUUCUUGGAAAAAAUCGUCGAUCAAAUUUUGAAAUAAAAACUGAAAGCGGUUGGCUACGUAGUCUCGACUUUAAAUACGUUCGCUUUUCCGUGCCGUAGCCCGGAUCUGUAUAUGAAACGAGUUUCGUUUGAAUGAAAUCUUCGGUGAAAUGAAAUGAAACCGCGAGGUACGAAAUUCAAACGCUCGUUCGGCCGGCGCCGCGUUCGUGGAACGGACGUCGGUGAAAUUAUUUUUGAAGGAAUGUUUAAACGUGUGCGAGACCGUUUCAGAGAUCGCUCCGGCACGGCGCCCGAGACGAGCGCGGGUUCGAUCGGUGGUUCUCUCUUCGGCCGAUCGGAAGUCAAGAAAUGACCCGCUUCGGUUGUGAGUCUGACGUUUUAUUUAUUUCUUUUUAAAAAGGACAAAUUCGCGACACCAAAACGUCUUAUUUAUUUAUUUACGUAUGUAAACCUAAUUACAUACUAACGGUAACAUAAUCUUAGACGAAAAGGUUCCAUCUCGCCCCCUAGAGCGUUCUCCGUCUGACGGGAACCUCGUGAAGGCUCCGUGUAGCGCCUUGCGACCUUCAGAAAAGCCUCGAGUGUGCGAGGAACCUUUUGAGGAAACCUCCGAGUGUGAAAUUCCUUCCAAAAUCUUGAUUAUUUGUGAAACGGAAAUGCGAGUGUUUCGAGGCAGGGAAGUUGGGCAGGUGACGCUGACGUCCUCUGACGUCACUGAAGGACACGGGGGGGAUUUAGCGUGAGCGUGAGCGUGCCGUGUGACUCUGAGACUCGCCGGCUGUCUGGAGCGUCUGUGCGUCUAAUCAACUUUACAGCGGAUUUAUACAUCCGAGUGUCUCGGCGUCUUUAUUUACUUUAAGAUCUCAUAUUUAAUCCAGGAGCGUGUAUUUUGACUGAUUUGGAUUUCGGAGGAAAAUUAUAGCUCUAUUUUGUUUUUGUGACGUUACUGCUCAUUUAUAUACACCGUUUUAUUUAAAUAGACAUUCCCAUUCAUCUUUACCGAUCUUUCCUUUUCUAACCCAACGAGUCGAUUGUUUCUAGUUUAUUUAUUUAUUUAUUUGCGGUAAGUUGGUGCAGGUGGAAAUGUACCCGUCAGGACUGAAGUCUUUAUCCCGGCUGAACCUGUUCCACUCGCCGCUAAUCUCCUUACAGCCGCAGGGAGCCGAACGGAGACGCCGCACCCUGACCGCAGCCUCCUACCACGAGGCUGAUGUGAGCUGCGAGUACGGCUCGAAUAAAUACUACGCCCUGUGCGGUUUCGGAGGCGUCCUGAGCUGCGGGCUCACGCACACCGCCGUCGUCCCUCUCGACCUGGUCAAAUGUCGCAUCCAGGUAAACCCGGGCAAAUACAAAUCCAUCUUUAACGGCUUCUCCGUCACCGUGAGGGAGGACGGGCUCCGAGGUCUGGGUCGAGGCUGGGCUCCUACGUUUAUCGGCUACUCCGUGCAGGGUCUCUGCAAGUUCGGCUUCUACGAGCUCUUCAAAGUGCUCUAUAACGACAUGCUAGGAGAGGAGAACGCUUACCUCUGGAGGACCUCGGUGUACUUGGCCGCUUCUGCCAGCGCGGAGUUCUUCGCCGAUAUCGCUCUGGCCCCCAUGGAGGCGUGCAAAGUGCGCAUCCAGACACAGCCAGGUUACGCCAGAACCCUGAGAGAGUGCGCCCCGAAAAUGCAUGCAGAGGAGGGGCUAUGGGCGUUCUACAAAGGCGUGUAUCCUCUGUGGCUACGUCAGAUCCCGUACACCAUGAUGAAGUUUGCGUGUUUCGAGCGUACGGUGGAGACGCUGUACAAGUACGUGGUGCCGAAACCUCGCAGCGCCUGCUCCAAACCCGAGCAGCUCGUCGUCACCUUCAUCGCCGGGUACAUCGCUGGCGUGUUCUGCGCCGUGAUUUCCCACCCGGCCGACUCGGUGGUGUCCGUGCUGAACAAGGAGAAAGGAAGCUCAGCCGUACAGGUGCUUAAGAGGUUGGGACCUCAAGGCGUGUGGAAGGGGCUGGUCGCUCGCAUCGUCAUGAUCGGCACGCUGACCGCGCUGCAGUGGUUCAUUUACGAUUCGGUGAAGGUCUAUUUCCGCCUGCCGCGCCCGCCUCCCCCGGAGAUGCCCGAGUCUCUGAAGAGGAAGAUGAGUUUGGCAGGCCAAUAGAGAAAACACACACAAACCGCAAGGGCAAAAUCUACCAAAACUUUUCACCAGUGAAGGAGAAACAGUACAUUUAAUUUGUGGUCGCAAAAGUUAAAUAAAUAAAUAAAUAAAUAAAUAAAAAUCGAGUACUGGUCCAUCAUUCGCAAUAACCCCUCCUACUGCUACCUUAAACCUCAUACAUUAAUAAAAUAAGGGUUUCAUUUGACUUCCCCUUUUAAAUAGUAAUGGAACGUAGUUUUGUCAUGAACCUCUGGGUCUCCAGACUCGAUCUGAUCUGAAGAAGGUAGUGUAUGAUGUCUGAUGGUUACAGCAGGUAUGUCUGGACAAAGAUGAUGAAGUCGGUCGUAAAGCCAUAUUAGAGAAUAGCUCAGAAUUAGAAAUGGAGAAUAUGAAGGAACGCCUGUGCAGCUGAACACACUAAACGCCUUGUUUCUAUCGGUUCAAUUCGUUCUUGAGCGUGCGCAAACUUUUGCACCCGGCUGGCUAUACAUGGAGGAAAUUUCACGACCACGUCACAGCGAUUUUAUUGAUUUAUUUAUUUUUUUUCUUCAGAUACAUCAAAACUACCCGAGGCUCGGCAAAUUUGAAGAAGUCAAUAAGCCCCGCCCACUUUACAACCCCGUUAUGUGACCUUCCCUGAGAGUCUAGUUUCCUGAUGUACUCUACAUGUCGGUGUCAUUAUGAUGUACACGUCACUUUCCUUUAUAAACGUUAUUAACCGCACUAACUAGAGUGCGGUAGUACAAUGGUACAGAAGGUCUUUGUUUCCUGUCGCACUAAGAGGAACCCAAACCUGCUCCGGCAUGACGAUGUCGCGGUGCACAAAGCGAGCUCCAUGAACACGUGGUGUGUGAAGGUUGGAAGAAGAUGGAAGAACUCGAGUGUCCUGCACAGAACCCUGACCUCAACCCCACUGGACACGUCUGGGAUGAGCUGGAACGAGUACCGAACC